AAAACCCCAUCCCGUAACAAUUACCCUCGUCACAAUGCUGAAUCUACUUGCUCGAACAACUUUCCUCGGUGGAGUCAUCGUACUUGCAGCAUAUCACAAUGCCAACUUCAAGAGCACCAACUCAGCUCGCCAGGAGUGCGUCCUCUAUCGAGACGUUCAGAAUCUCACCCUAAUCGGAACACGCUUCCGCAGUGACCUGGAAUCAACCUGCGUGUGCCGCUGCGAACUGAUCAAGAUUGGCCUCUGGACGGACGCACUCGGACAUCUAGAGAUCCCGACGAUGCAGUUCUACAACGGCGAUCCAAACAACCUAACCUUCUUGGAAAAUGUCCGAGAAUGCGUAUCGGAAAUUCCUCCCAACCUGGACCUGUGCUACCGUGCGUUCAAGUACUACAAGUGCUACGUGUCCUACUUUGGCGACGUCAACCUCGAUUUACCACGUUUUGUGCCGUCAACCGACCUCCAGCAGCAGCAAACCGUAGUAGACUGCGCCAGAAUUCUACAAAUCUCCCACCAAGAUCUGCGAUCGAUCGCAGCAACCCUCUGCUCGAGUCCACCCAGAGCAAAUGCCUGCUGCGAUGCUUCCUCAUCCGACAGGGUUUCUUCAGCGACGAAACGGGUCCGAACCGGACACGGCUCUUUGCGCAGUUUGCCACGGUCAACGACGAGAGGAGCUUUCGGUACAGCUUCGGGAAGUGCUACCAACGGCUGCAGGAUGAAAGCUGGGACCGGUGCAGCUUCGCGGCACGCAUCGUGACCGAUUGUCUGUCGUACACGUCGGUGGCGUUGGAGCAGAUUACGGCCGCUAUUGGGGCGGUUGCGCAUGGUGGGGGGUGUUGAAUGUUUUGUUAGAAUUUUAACAUUUAAAAAUAUUUAUUUGUUUGCUUAAUAUUGCAUUAAAUUAUACCGU